AUGUCUUUCAGCAGCAGAUCCUACGGCCAGAGGACCAUGAGUGUCUAUGGAGGAGCAGGCGGCCGUGGCACCCGCAUCUCCGCAUCCCAGCAGAGCUCCGGACAAUCCUCUGGAGGCUUCAACCUGGCUGAUGGCCUGGACCUCCACGUCGGGGCCAACGAGAAGGCCACCAUGCAGAACCUGAACGACCGUCUGGCCUCCUACCUGGACAAGGUGCGCACCCUGGAGAAGGAGAACGACCGCCUGGAAAAGCAGAUCAGAGAUUGGUACGAGAGCAAAACGGUCAUCUGCCACGACUACACCAGCUACUUCGCCAUCAUAGCCGACCUGAAGGACAAGAUUCGUAUUGCCUCCAGACUUAAUGCCAAGACAGUCCUGGACAUUGACAAUGCAAAACUUGCUGCUGAUGAUUUCAAAAUGAAGUAUGAGAACGAGCUGGCCAUGAGGAUGGCUGUGGAGGCCGACAUCGCUGGACUGAAGAGAGUGCUGGAUGAGAUGAACCUGGCCAAAAUGGACCUGGAGAGUCAGUACGAGGCCCUGAAGGACGAGCUCAUCAUGCUCAAGAGGAAUCACGAAGAGGAGCUUGUUCUGCUGAGGAGUCAGAUGGGCGGACAAGUCCAUGUGUCCGUGGAUGCUACUCCCUCUCCAGACCUGAACAAGACUAUGUCAGACAUCAGGGAAUACUACGAAGGAGUGAUCGGCAAGAACCGCAAGGAGCUCGAGGCGUGGUACCAGAACAAGAUCACGGCAGUGGAGCAGGACGUGAUCACAAACACAGAGAUUCUGGUGACGUCCCGCACGGAGAUUAAGGACCUGAAGAGCACCCUCCAGAGGCUUCAGAUUGAACUGCAGUCCCAUUUGAGCAUGAAAGCGUCUCUGGAAGGCACCCUGGCAGAGACCCAGGCGCGUUAUGCUGCACAGCUUUCAGGCCUCCAGAACAUGGUCACAAGCCUGGAGACUCAGCUAUCCGCGCUCCACGCCAACAUCGCCAGCAACAAACAGGAAUACGACAUGCUGCUGGACCUCAAGACCCGGCUGGAGAUGGAGAUCGCCGAGUACAGGAGGUUGCUGGAUGGAGAGGAUGACAGCACAAGACAAGUUGUCACAAAAACCAUCACAGUGGUGGAAACAGUUGUGGACGGAAGGGUAGUCGGAACCAGCAAGACCAUUGACGUGGAUGUGGAUGAGAUUGAGUGA